CAUUCGCCAAAGCAUCUUCAGUCUCCCCUACAUUACUUUUUCUUCUUCUGAUAUUGAAAAUUUCCACAAUCUUACCACCAUGCCUUAUCCAAUCAUGCUCUUUAAGAAACCUUUGAAGCCCACUGAUAUCACCAAAAGGCUGGCUAUCCCAACAAAGUGUCUCGAUUUCCUUCCACACUUCAAUGGAGGCCACGCUGUAAAAUCGAACGUUUUGUAUCAGGGAAGGGUUUGGCCGAUGGUAUGCAGCACUAGGAAACAGGGGCACAAAAAACCUGUUCUCUCUAAUGGUUGGAUUACCUUUGUUCGCGAGAACCACUUGAAUGUUGGUGAUGUAGUGGCCCUCUACAAGGAGGUAGAUGAAACAGGAUUGCAAUAUCGGAUGGAGGUGUACAGGGCAACCAGGGUGCCUCCACCUAAUGGAAAUUUGGGGGUCGCAACGCCUUACAAGACUAAAAAGAAAACGGGAUUCAAGAUGUUCGGUAAAGCAUUAUUCAAUAGUUCUAAGAAGAUAAAUUUAGGAUUGGUCAACGGUCCAGAGGAAAUUGUUCUGAAUUUAGAUUUGACUCUAGCACCACCAAGGAAUAUACCAAGCCAGAAAACACAGUAGAGAAUCAAAGGCAAUCAAUAUACUUUCUACUUUCUUUGUUUUUUCUUUUUCUUUUUCUUUUUUUUUUUUUAGGAAUUUUGGAGAAAGAAGAUCAAUUUUAUAAAGAUUAGAAUCAAAGUCUUGAUAUUGGUAAAACUAUAUUUUAUGUAACAUAGCUCUGCAGAUGUUUUCUACUUUUUAUCUUGUUUUGUUUUUAAGAUGAGUUUCUAAAAGAGCUAGAAAGAGGCAGUCUAUCACAUUUACUUCUUUGGUAAGACUUUCUAGAAGAGUAAGAAACAAUCACAUAUUUA